AGCGGAUGUACGGGAACUAACGACCACCUUUUUGGUGGGGCAGGCAAACGGGCGUCGUGGGAACACCAAACUAUCAAGUCGAAGGGAAUAACAUAUUACUAAAACUACUUAGCUUAUUUAGCCUCCUAAGUGUUCAUUUGCCUACCUUGGCAAAAUGUCGAAAGGAAAGCAGCGGGAUACAAGUAUGGAUGACGCAAGUCCAUCUGGGAGAACGGAGGAUGAGCUUGCAUUGGCGCGCGUCGUUUACGUCGGGCAUGUACCUCAUGGCUUCUUUGAAAAGCAGAUGCUAGGUUACUUCUCGCAGUUCGGAAAGGUGACACGUUUACGUUUGUCACGCAGCAAGAAGACGGGGAAUGCCAAGGGUUACGCAUUCUUGGAGUUCCAAUACCCGGAAGUUGCGCGCGUAGCUGCUGAGGCGAUGGACGGGUAUUUCCUUUUCAAGCAGCGGCUCAAGUGCAAACUCAUACCCCCCAGCAGGGUGCACCCACAGCUCUUCCAAGGAGCCAACCGCAGGUUCAAAGUUAUCCCGUGGCGGCGAGUGGAGCGCCAGCGGCAUGACCGUGAGCGGACACCCACAGAGCACGCCCAGCGUGUGGCGAAGUUGGUCCGCAAGGACAAGCAGCGGCAAAAGAAAAUUAAAGAGGCGGGGAUUGAUUUUGAGUACGAGGGGCUGCAUAAGCCAAUGCAGCCUAAAAAAAUCGUAUUCGAGUAGUGGAUGCGCAGUUCGGGGAUCUUGGGUCUUGGGUUGUAGAGAGCUUGGAUGUAUGGGUUGUUGGCGUGCGUGGUGCGGCUUUGGUAUGGGCAGAUGGAAUGUUUGGGAUGCUAAGAUGCGUGCAUGUCUGAAGGUGUCACUGAACGUUCGACAAGUGAGCACCUUCAGUCCGUCAGUGUCGUGGCAUGGGUUCAGGUACUACUGCUGUCCGCGUAUCUGGAUGUAAUCCACCGUGUGGAGGGGCUUUCCAUGAAAUCCCGUGUUGCUGAAGAUGGAGUCGAAUGCACGUCGUUUCUUUGAGUCGACGGUUGAGCGAUGAGGCGGUGUCGUGCCGUCUUGUACGGCAGUUUGCCGGAAAGAAUUUUGGACUUUGGUUGCAACCUGUAAUUUGCAGCGUGCAG